AGAUGUACUUUUAUGGUGUGGGUGUGCAUUAAGAGACCUACAUUUAUCACACUAAGAGAUUUCGGUUUGCUUUUAGGGUCCACCGUCAGACGGUCAAUUGCUGAAUCAUCAUCAUCAGCACCAGCAACAUCUGCUACCGACUUGGUUGUACAAAUGAUUCCAAGUUUUUUUGAAAAAACAUUAAAACAAAUCCAAGAAUUAAAGAACGCUGUAGAGAUCCUGCAGCGGAAGAUGGACCAGCAAACCCAAAGCAAUGUGGCUGCCAGCAAUACAACUCCUGUCCCUCCAGAUACCUUCCUCUUUCCACUGCAGGAAAUUGAUCAAUUGCAGAGGUUAAACAAUGCUUUGGCAGAGGAGGGUACCAGACAAAGAAUGGUUUGCUAUCUGAGCUAUUUUGGGGGCAAAACACCAAAAGAAGCACUAUACCGUAUACUGAAGUAUCUGCUUGCUCCAAAACUAUCAAUUUUAUACAGCUUGGAAGGACGAAAAGGGAAACUUAGAUUCAACACCUUACAACAUGUGAAAACCACAAUUUAUGAACCCAUUCUGAAACGUUACAGCGACAUCACAAUGGCAAAUUUGGACAAACAUGUAGGGGAGUGGCUGGCCAUUUCAGGGGAUCGUGAUGGAGGCCGCAAGAGGAGGGAGGAAAAAAAGAAAGCUUGUUGAACACUUCAUAUUGAUUUUGGGAGGGGUGCUUGCAUGUUAUGUGUAUUGUAUGAGUUGUGUAUACAGUCAAAUCUCGCUACUAUGCCACCCCGCUACU